AUGUUAAUUGAGAUUUAGAUGAAAUAGAAAUAAGAUUAGAACCAUAAUAUUGUGAGAAUCCUUGAAAAUUACAAAGAAAUAAAUAUAAGGACGGUAUUGAAAUAAAGACAUUUAUAAGGAGACUAAGACCAUUUGAAUGAAUAAUAAGAAUAUUAAUAUAAAGACAUGAUUUUAACAAGAAUUGAUUAAGAUAAUAAAUCAUAAGUAAAAAUUAGAAGGAAAGGAUUUAUGAAAUUAAAAGAUAUUUAAUAAGAGAAUCAUAAAAAAUCAAUUGUUGAACUAACUCAAAUGGAAAUAGAAGAUAUUCAAACUGAAUCUUAAUGCAAUAAUAUUAAACAUGAAUAUGUUAAUUAUUAUCAAUAAUUUUAUCAAAAUAUUUUGAAUUUUUUGAAGCAAAAUUAAUAUUAAAUAUAUAUGGCAAGUUGA